CGCUCGUACCGCGGGCCCGGCCCGGCCCGCUCCCCUGAGGGAGCCGCAGGGAGGUUUGAGCCGCGCCGGCUGCCGUACGGGGGAGGCGCCACCGCCCGCCUCUGCGCGGGGCGGCGGGACAGCUCCGGCCGCGCCAUGGAGCCCCUGCGGCUGGUCGCCCUCCUGCUCCUCUUCCUUCUCUUACUGCUCGUCCCCUUGGGGCUCCUGGCGAGGAGGCGCCACGGCCGGCGGACGCCUCCCCUCAGGCUUCUGGUGGUGGCCGGCUCCGGUGGGCACACAACAGAAAUCCUGAGGUUACUUAGCUGUUUGUCAGAGUCAUACUCUCCUAGACAUUAUAUUUUUGCAAACUCAGAUAAGAUGAGUGAAGCUAAAAUACGUUCUUUUGAACAAAAAAGGGCUGAAACAUUCCCCAAUUCUCAGUUCACCCUUGAUAGCAUUCCCAGAAGCCGUGAGGUUAGACAAUCUUGGACCUCCUCAGUGGUAACAACCCUGCACUCCAUGCUUUACUCCCUUCAUUUGACCUGCAAAUGGAAACCAGAUUUGAUAUUGUGCAAUGGACCAGGAACAUGUGUUCCUGUCUGUAUAUCUGCUCUUCUUCUUGGGCUUCUAGGAAUGAAGAGAGCAAUCAUUGUGUAUGUAGAGAGCAUCUGCCGUGUGGAAACUUUAUCCCUGUCUGGAAAGAUUCUGUACUACUUUUCGGAUUAUUUCAUCGUUCAGUGGCCUGAUCUAAAGGAAAAAUAUCCCAAGUCAAUAUAUCUUGGUCGAAUAGUGUAACAACAGAAGACGAGCCUUACCUAAAAUAAACUCUGCAAGCUCCUCACUGAAGAAAUGCAUUCAUGUAGCAAGUUAUUUUCAAAGAUUCCUGUUAAGAAAUUAGGCUGGUACUGGAAAAGGAAACAAUAAUAAAGAUAUCUCUACAUUUAAGCACA